AAGCACACAUUAGAAACAGACAGAGGAAGUAGAAAGCCAAAUCAAAACCAGUGGGCGUUUCGUAGAAUCCUCAUUGCUCUGAAAACGACAAACCGAGAUUUAAAAAACGCCCACAUUUUCACUUUCAACUCUUUUAUUACAUUGCAUAAAUUUCAACACUCUUCUCAGAUUGCCCACCGAAAAAGCCUUUCACCAUGGUUUCUAGCCGUUUCGUGUCGCUCUUUCUCUGUUUCCUCUGUUUUGAGAUCUCUGUUUCCUCCAUUCGGUUGCCUGGUGUGGACAAAGAAGCCAAGGCCACCCAUGGAUCGGGGCUUGGGUUGAACAAAGGAGUCUGUUCAGUGAAAUUUGAUCCCACACGGGUCACUCAGCUCUCAUGGAAUCCCAGGGCUUUUCUGUACAAGGGAUUCUUGAAGGAGGAAGAAUGCGACCAUGUGAUAGCUCUGGUUAGAUUUAGUUUUUGAUCUUAG